AAAAGCUUCUGGGUGCUGGGUCCUGUACUAGUGGGUCCUCAACAUCUUCGUCUUCCAGGAUCUUGAAUGGGAAGGAGGAAGACCCGCGUCGUAAAGCUGAGACAGCAUCAUUAGUAGCCCGAAGAUUGACGAGGACGAAUCUUCAGUAUGAGGCUUCUUCUAGUGCGCAAGAAAGGCUUGUGGCUAACGAUCGAUCUUCUCGGCAAAUUCACUCCGACGAACGAAAAGAGAAAAAACGGCGACGGAAGCAAAGGGUGGCAGCCCUGCUCGCAAAAUAUCAGGCAGAUUUUCUGGCUUCAUCAGACGAUGGGGCAUCCUCUAGUCAACCG